AUGGAUCACCGAGGAUUUUAUUUUCCAAGGCGACGCUGGGCCGGCCAGCGAAGCGAGGCGGCGCGGAACGCAGCGCGGCCGGGGGCGCUGGGCUCGUCGCUGAGGCCGCGGGCGCCAAAGGAGGAAGCUCGGCAGCUGGAGCGUCCCCUGGGGACACGCAGCGGCCGGAGCCCGCGGCUGGGAGUAUAUUGGAUAAAGGACAUUGUGGUGGCAGUAACUGGAGAGAAUAUGGAAGCAAUGAAGAGUAUCAUUCAGAAGUACCAGCAUCAGCGUAUCUCCCUGGUUGAAGCUGGAGUGACCCGUCACAGGUCAAUUUUCAAUGGACUAAAAGCACUGGCAGAGGACCAGCCUGACUCUGACCUCUCCAAGCCAGAAGUUGUGAUAAUCCAUGAUGCUGUGAGACCAUUUGUUGAAGAAGAUGUCCUUCUGAAAGUUGUCACAGCUGCUAAGGAACAUGGGGCAGCAGGAGCAAUUCGACCUCUUGUGUCAACUGUAAUCAGUCCAUCUGCUGAUGGUUGCUUGGAACAUUCACUAGAACGUGCACGACACAGAGCAAGCGAAAUGCCACAGGCUUUUCUAUUUGAUGUGAUCUAUGAAGCAUAUCAGCAGUGUAGUGACUACGACUUGGAAUUUGGAACUGAGUGUUUACAGUUGGCUCUGAAAUACGGUCACAUUAAAGCCAAACUUGUGGAAGGAUCACCUGACCUCUGGAAGGUGACCUACAAACGAGAUCUGUAUGCAGCUGAAUCGAUUAUUAAGGAAAGAAUUUCACAACACGUUUGCAUAGUUAUGGACACAAAAGAAGAUGAGAAUCAUGUAGGUCAUCAUCUUGAAGAAAUACUAAAAGAUGAACUAAAUCAUGUGGAAGUCACGUCACGACUCCCGUGUCAUGCUGGCAGAGAUCUUGAGCAAAUCAUGUCAGAGCAAUGCUACACUUACGUUUGUGUGAACGUUAUGACCUCUGAUAUUGAGGAAACCCGGAAAUUAGUGAAUAUGCUGGAAGAGAGUAAUCUUUCCAUUUUAUAUCCUGUUGUUGUCAUUUCGGUAUAUUUUCUUGAUUAUAAAUCAGUACCUUUUGAUCAGAAAAUGGAAAACCUAAUGCAGAUUAGGGAAUAUGCAAAAGAAGUGAAAAAAAGAAAUAUUUUAUUAUGUGGUCUUCUUAUCCACUAUCCACAGUAUCCCACAGAUCUGCUAUAUGAACAGAUAUGCAUUUACAAAGAUCAUUCAGGACCAGAAGAAAUUAUUUAUUAA